UCGCAACUGAGACCUUAGAACAAGACCUUGGCUCAGAACUCAACCCAAACCCCAACCGCCAACCUAUAGAUAGGGUGGGGGCUCCAGAAAUGGGACGUGUUGAGAACGAAACCUUAGACAAGGCAGGCACAAGCAAGGCCUCAUCAAACACGCGUUCUGAAACAGAAAAUUUAUCGGCUUCGGAAAGUCUAACGGAGACAGAAGAGGAACCUUCUGGAACGAAUUCCGAAAAGUCAGAUGAUCUGCAUGACAUGCAAAAUCCAUCCACAAAGGAUGUAACUUUUCCUAUCGGUGCCCCAGUAGAAGAAAAAGAGAAAAUGGCUUCUGAAACAAGUUCUUUCAAUAAAGCAACUGAGACAAUGAACGUCGAGUUUCAGGAAAAAGAUCUAAAUGUAAGCCAAGAGCCAACAUCAGCCGUCCACACUCAAGCGAGCUCUACAUCAGAGAUCUCCGCAAAUAGUAUGGAUGAAGACCCAAAAGACAUUCCGGUACCUACACAAGAGACAUCAGAUGAUGGUUUCACCCUGGUUACAAAUAAAAAAAAAGAUAAUAGAAAAAGGAAAAGUCCCAUAGCAGCCCACGAUAGACAGAGCCCUUACAAAAGGCCCAAGAGAACGGAGGUACGUCAAGUACAAUGCUGA